CGAUAGGCUACAUGGUACAGUGCGCUGCAAGCCUUCCACCGGUCAACUAGUGUCGUCUGCUAGUGUUGUCUGCCGCCAGUUGUGCGCGAUAGCCGCGUGUUUUGUCAGCUGACUAUCGGAUAUGGAUAAUUUAACUUGAUCGACUAACUGCCCGUCUACCAUGAGUGUACUGAGAGUAUUAGGUCUUCUGGCCUGCGUUGUGUUACCUUCCGGAGGCUUUGACGUCUCGGACGUUUGCACAAAAUGUUCCUGCCAGUAUCUGCUGAGCUCCCAGCUGUCAGACACCUCGUGUAUAAUUGAAGGUCCUGUUUUGGAAGUCAACUGCUCCAGCAGGCCCAAGGUGACUCAAAAUGCCAACCAACUUCCGAACGCACCCACUUCCAACGCCUCUCCCGCCGUAUUGCUCAGCUACCGACAUGCUGGGUUGACGUCACUGCAGCCUUUCACUAUGUUCGACCCUCUAAACGUCACCUCACUGUCACUGGACCACAACAAGUUAGUUUACAUCCCUCCAAGAGCUCUCACAGGGUUGAGAAAUCUCCGGAGUUUCACAGCAAGUCACAACGACAUCAACUCUGUAGCACCUGACGCCUUCAAAGGUCUAAAGUACCUGAGACACUUGGACCUCUCGUUCAACUCCUUACACAACCUAGACUUCAAAAUAGUUUUGGAAUCCUCCCUGGUGUAUUUGGACGUCCACAACAACAACAUCAAAUCCGUGUUGAAUCCGGAAACAAAAAUAACAACACUAGAGACAAUGGACCUAUCAGAAAACAAUAUUACUGAUUUCCCUUUGUUGUUUUUCACAUCCUUCCCAAAUUUACGGACGCUUAACAUUUCCUAUAAUGAUUUGGGGGUUUUAUCAUCGGACUUCUUCCAUGAACUUUCAGAGCUAGUGGUGUUAGACGCUUCUGGUAAUUAUGUGAAAGAGGUGAAUAGAAGGGUAGUCGAAAGUUUGAAGAAUUUGAAGAAACUUUUCUUAAGUGACAAUGUUUUGAAGGAUGUUAGUUUUGUGGAAGUGUUGCCCUCUCUUGUAGUUCUUGACUUGAGUCGGAACAAUUUGAGUUUCCUCGGAGAUCGACCGCUGAACCAGAAGUUGCAGCGACUUAGUGUCAGCAAUAACAACCUCACGGACCUCAGUCAUGUGUUCAAGGUGUUUGAAAAUCUUAAGUCGCUAGACGGGAGCUGGAAUCCCACAUCAGUGUUUCCUGAGCAUGUUCGAGCAGGUUUGCGCGAGCUCGUGCUGGAUGGAACACGUCUCAACUCGUGGCCUGCCCAGCGUCCAGGGGAAGGGAAGAUUGAUCACCUUUCUCUCAGUCACAUACCUGGCAUCACCUCGCUGGGGCCUUACGCUUUCAGCGGCAUUUUGAAAAAAAAAAACGAAUCUGGAAAGUGUGUGACUUUGAAGAUAAGCAAUACGUCGCUCAGUUCUAUUGAUGAAGACGCACUUCGGGAUUUGGAAAUAUGCCAGUUGGAUCUUUCCCACAACAAACUGCGAUGGUUACCAGAAGGGCUGCUACCCUGGAACUCCUUGGUAGGGGUUGAUCUUCAACACAACCCUUGGCAUUGUGACUGUGCGUUGCAGUGGAUGGUGACGUCACUUGUGCCUACUAUCUACAAGUAUCAUCAGUCUCUGCUAGACGAUGUUAGAUGUGCAAGUCCUGAGAAUCUCCAAGGAACUCGUCUGGUCCACUGGUUGUACCAUGGCGAAGCAGCGCUCUGCACCAACAAGGAGGCCAUGUUGACAGCCAAGGCUCGUAGUUCCGAUGCUCAUCCCUUGCUCGUCACUUUGUCUUCUUCUCCUCUGAUGCUCGCUGUGCUGCUCGCUCUGAGUGUUUUGGCAGCGAUGCUCGUUAUCUUGGCUUUUGCUUUGCAAAGGCGAUCAGUAAGAAUGAGAAAGCUAAGGAGAAACAGACGGUUCUGAAGUUAAAAUUUUCGUUUUGAAUAGCCACAAGAUGAAAUCUAGGUUUUUAAAUGUUUUCUACCGCAAACUUUCAAGAGAAGUGUGAAACGUAGCAUAGUUUAAGCACAAUUAAUGACCAAAUUAAGCGAUCAUGGCCAUUGUUAUAAAAAGUAUUUUUUCUGUUUGUGACGUGACAUAAAAUAACAUGAAAAGAGAUCGAGAUCCUUGUAAAUUGA